AUGUCGUCGGAACUGUACGAGAGCGCACCCGAGAGUCUUGGGAAUGAGUACGAGAUCGAAAGACAACGCCUGCAACAGUUCUUCACAGCGGCCGGUACCAGAAAUGGCAGACAGGAAGAGUUUCGCACUACUCCACUGUUCUCGCUGGCUGUCAAGCAUGUUGUUGAUGGUGGUAAUGCGGGGACCGCUCCUGAGGUUCUGCCUCAGUACGGUCUGCUGGGUUUUCACAUUGGAGAGAACGAGAAUGUUUCGGAAAAGGAGCCGUUGCAUAUGAACGUCGAUGCACCGAAUUCUGCAUUCAUUUGUGGGUCCCAAGGUUCUGGAAAGUCAUAUACUCUCAGCUGUAUGCUUGAGAACUGUCUCCUCUCGAGCCCAGAUACGGGCAGACUCCGCGCCCCUGUCGCAGGGGUAGUCUUCCACUACGACAUCAACUCCACCCCUGCGCCGGCUGAAGCAGCGUAUCUGUGCUCCAGAGGUAUUGAGGUUAAUGUUUUCGUCUCACGCAGCGCGGGAAGAGCACUCAACGAAGCCUACAAGAACCUUGGUGACAAGUAUGGAAACCUGAAAGUCCAACCGCUCAUGUUCCGCUCCUCGGACCUCAGUAUUGAACGUAUGAACAGGUUGAUGGCUGUGGCUACGAAAGAAGGUCCUCCUCCCUUGUACAUGGAAGUCGUCCAGCGGAUCUUGAGAGAUCUCGCGAUCAAUUCCGAGGUGUUUGACUAUUUGCAGUUCAAAAAGCUGCUGGCAAAUGAACAGCUUACGAAAGAUCAGACUUCGCCCAUGAGUCUCCGUCUUGGACUACUUGAGAGCUUCAUGGAUCCCUCGUCUCUGUUGGGCUCUGGACAGAGUUUCAACGGGAAGAAGUUUUACGGCCACAAGUCGGGUUCGAAGGAUAAGGGAUCCCUCAACCCUCAGCCGGGAAGUUUGACUAUCAUUGAUCUCAGUGAUACGUUUGUGGAUUCGUCGACGGUGUGCCUCCUGUUCGAUAUGUGUCUUGGGCUGGUCAAGGAGCAGCGGCCAGAAGCUGGGCUUGUCAUUGGACUGGAUGAGGCUCACAAGUACAUGAACAAGGACAAGUCGACCUCGGCAGCGCUUUUCACGGACAGUCUUCUUACUACCAUCCGGGAGCAGCGGCACAACAGUACGAGGGUUUUCAUCGCUACGCAAGAACCAACCAUUUCCGAAAGACUCCUCGACUUGUGUUCCAUCACUAUAGUCCACCGGUUCUCCUCGCCAGCGUGGUUCGGAUCGAUCAAGGACCAUCUUGGUGGAGCUUCUUCGAUGGUUUCCACCAAAGAAUCUCAGUACAGCAUGUUCGAACGCAUCGUGAAUCUAGACGUCGGAGAGUCUUUGGUCUUCGCGCCUUCUGCUUUCGUUGGUCUGCGGGAUCGAGAGGUCACCAAGUUGGGGGCUGUUGCUUUGCUGAUGAAGACGAGGGCGAGGCUUGGGACUGAUGGAGGUACGAGCAAGUUGGCUACUGGAAGUGUGGAGCAGUAA